AUGGACGAUGACGCGGACUGGGAGGACUGGGAGGACUGGGACGCCUCCCCCUUGGACGUUUUCUGGGAUGAGAACAGCGACUGGGACGAUGCACUUGUCCCAGACGAUGAAGAGUACGACCAGGACACGAAGAGUGAGGAGGAAGACCAGGACACAGAGGAUGAAGAGGACAACCAGACUGUGCCGGAAUGGUCCCCUUCGUCUCCCAGUCCAGACCUCGUGCCCUCCCGUCCCCCUGUGAGCUUCCAGGACUUUGUGCCCCUAACAAGGGCCAGGCGCCACAGGGACGAAGAGGAGGAUGAAGAGGACAACCAGACUGUGCCCGAAUGGUCCCCUUCGUCUCCCAGUCCAGACCUCGUGCCCUCCCGUCGCCCUGUGAGCUUCCAGGACUUUGAGCCCCUAACAAGGGCCAGGCGCCACAGGGACGAAGAGGAAGAGGAGGAGCCCAUCUCCAAGAGGCCACGCUUUUCCUACGACGAGGACAUCUUUGAGGAGCCCACCCUCUCCGACUCUGCUGGGACGCUGGAAGGCUUCAACCGAUACUUCCUCCAGCCCCACCUGCCCCAAGACUCCGACUCAGAGCAGGACUGA